AUGGAGAAACAAUUUGGGAAGAGAUUUGAAGGGAAGGUUGCGAUUAUCACGGCUUCGACUCAGGGCAUCGGCUUCAGCAUCGCUGAGCGUCUCGGCUUGGAAGGAGCCUCUGUUGUCGUCUCCUCUCGCAAACAGAAGAAUGUAGACGAGGCAGUGGAACAGCUUAAAGCUCGAGGAAUCGAAGUGUUAGGUGUGGUAUGUCAUGUGUCAAAUGGACUGCAAAGGAAGAAUCUGAUUGACGAAACCAUUCAGAAAUAUGGGAAAAUAGAUGUGAUUGUCUCCAAUGCUGCUGCUAAUCCUUCUGCUGAUCCCAUUUUGGAAAUUAAAGAAUCAGUACUUGACAAACUUUGGGAAAUUAAUGUGAAGUCAUCUAUCCUUAUUGUACAGGAUGCAGCACCUCACUUGCAGAAGGGUUCAUCUGUUAUUUUUAUUUCCUCUGCUGGUGCCUACCAACCACAAGCUUCCAUGGCUAUGUACGGGGUGACAAAAACAGCUCUUCUUGGUCUUACCAAGGCCCUUGCCACUGAGAUGGCCCCUGAUACCCGUGUAAACUGUAUUGCCCCUGGUUUUGUGCCCACAAAUUUUGCUGAUUAUAUUACGAAAAAUGAUGCAGUUAGGAAGGCCAUUAUGGAGAAGACAUUGCUCAACAGGCUCGGAACAACGGAAGACAUGGCUGCUGCCACAGCCUUUUUGGCUUCCAGUGAUGCUUCUUAUAUUACUGGAGAAACUCUGGUGGUUGCUGGAGGAAUCCCUUCUAGACUUUAAUUUUCUCUUCCUUUGUUUUACUAGUUUUUCUUUUUCUAUCUUCUCUCUGCAUUUUGCCACAAAACAUAAUCAAUAAAUUCAUGUAUUCUCUUUUCAUCAAUAAACUCGGGUGUUUUUUUU